AUGAAUUUAGACUGUACAUUUAUAACUUUUGUGCCAUACUAUCAUUGGAAAAAAGAAUAUUACACGUGCUCCAUUAGAUCAUCUUCAAUAACGAAGCCAAACACGAUCAUUCAAACAAUUAAUGGAGUUCACGACCCUGGAAGUAGUGACAAAGAUGUCGAAGCGAUUAAUUUUGAAGGUACAACGGUCAAAUACUUCCCUCAAGGAUUGGACGAAAUUUUUCCUAAUUUGAAAGCUGUUUUCAUUGAAAAUUGCGGAUUGAAAUCAAUAACUCAAAGAGAUUUGAUGGGACUAGAAAAUAUUGAGAUGCUAAGGUGUGAUAACAACAAAAUCACUUCACUUCCAAACAAUCUGUUUCAAAAUAUGAACAAACUUAUUGAAAUUUCAUUCAACGGCAACGAUUUGCAAUUCAUGUCUUCAGAAGUUCUCAGGCCAAUAUUGAAAAAUGGUUUAAAAUCCAUAGACUUUAGCGGAAAUCGUUCCAUUAAUGCUGCUUAUUGGGAGUCUGAUAAUCUGGUCCAUUUGAGCUACAAUAACAGGUAA